CUCCUCCGCGGACGCCGCCGUCACCGCCCGCUGCCCAUGCGCGCCGCGGCCGCGCAGGCGCAGGGGCGGGGCCGGGCCGGCGGGCAGCCAUGGUGUACAUCUCGAACGGACAAGUUUUGGAUAACCAAAGUCGGGCUCCCUGGCGUUUGUCAUCUAUAACAGAUUUCUUCUGGUCAAUAGCAGAUUUUGUGGUUCUCUUUUUCCAGAGCAUUAUUCAACCAGAUUUGAGAAGAAGAGGGUACACAUCUUCCUCCUAUUCAGGAUACCAUGACGGAAGAGGGCCUCCAGCAAAUCCUCGCCGUAGGAUGGGCCGAAUAAAUCAUUGGGGUGGAGGCCCCAGUCCGCCACCAAUGGCUGGAGGUGGAUGAGGAAGGUAA